GGAAAAAAUAAAAGAAUCCCCAGCAUGCAUUUAAAGGCCUGUUUCUCUCUCAAAAGGCCGUUCUGUAAGACGCGAUGUCAGCCGCGGUACCAGCCGUGCCCAAGGCAGCGCCGCCCCCCGUCCGGCAGCGCGGGCACGCCCGGCCCGGCCCGCGGGCAGUGCGCAGGCGCGGCGGCGGUGGCGGCAUGGGGGACACGCUGGAGGAGCCGUGGUGGGACACCGAGACCGGGGCGGGCGGCACUCCAGCCUACAGAGUGUUUUUUAAGUCAGCCUGAAGAAAAGCAAGAGAGCACUGUAAAGGCAAAGAGGAGGAAGAAGAAGAAGAUUUCUGAUGUUCUGCAAAAAUCUGCUCCAAAACCUGGUGUCCCUGCAGAUCUACAAAAUCUGCUUACUCAACAUUUUGGUGAAAACCGUUCCGUGAUUGAAAUAGAGGAAUUACAGCUGUCAGAUUCCUGUUUUUUGACAGCCAAUGAUCUUACCCACAGUUUUUCUUCAUACCUGAAGGAAAUCUGUCCUAAGUGGGCAAAGCUCCGGAGAAGCCACAAGGAGAAGAAGUCGGUGGUGAUGCUGGUUCUCUGCAGUUCUGCCCUUCGCUGCUUGGAACUCAUCAAGUCAAUGACAGCCUUUAAAGGAGAUUGCAGAGUCCUCAAGUUGUUUGCAAAGCACAUAAAGAUACAGGAACAAAUUAAUAUGCUGGAGAAAGGCGUGUUCCACAUUGGGGUUGGAACUCCAGGGAGAGUGAAGGCACUAGUGGAGCAAGAUGCCCUGUGCUUGAAUUCCACUAAAUACAUGAUUCUAGAUUGGAACUGGAGAGAUCAGAAGCUAAGGAGAAUGAUGGACAUCCCUGAGAUAAAGAAAGAAACAAUUGACCUGCUGGAGAAGAGUAUUAUAAAGCUGUGCAGAGAUGGAUCUGUGAAGCUGGGACUCUUUUAAUGAGUUUACCAAGAAGGAAGUAAUUUGCAGCUGCAUUUUAUUAUUAUCCUGCCUGCAACUGAAUUUUGACUUUUCAGAGGUCUUAAUACAGAAGGCACAUUGCAACUUUUUCUGAGUUUUCUUUUAAUAAAAACUCAAAUUUUUCUUGUAGUUCUAGAAUUAUUUUUAUUGCAGGAAAAAUGUCAUACUGGAAUCGGAGUUACACUGCUUUCACCUGCUAGAUUUACUACUAUAUGUCCCUAGUAAGACUUUGAAGAUGGGCAAUCAUGGGUGUGAAAGUCUUUGUACACCUACAGCUCAGUUUUCUGUUCCCUCCCUGUGCUGUCCCAGAUGAGACACGUAUUUCUCUCAUGAGAGUGGUAAUCUAGGUCUUGCCCUUGGGGGUCUUUAAAAAAGUUGUAUGAGUUUCAAUAACAUGUUAAAAAGGUAUUUUUCACCUGUCUGUUCUAGAGCUGGAAAAACACUGCUUUUUGCUUUUACAUGAUAAAUUAUCUGUAUAUUAUGCUGAGAUUUUAUUUUGGUUAAACGGUUGAAGUGUGCAAAAAAGUAUUCUUAUAUUUGUCAAUUUAAAUUAAAAUGAGGUGAUGUCUG